AUGCCUACGCCACCUCGCAAACGUCAGAAUCCCCUCAAAUUGCCAACCCGACAAGCCAGAACUUCACACCAACAACUUCCACCGCAGAUACUGGCGCCAUGGAAGUCUUGGGGCUCGGUCGCAAUCAAAAUCUCCAAUGUUCCAAAAGAGGUGACAGCAUUCCAUAUAUGGCAAGCUUUUAACAAGGAGGGUAAUAUUUUCUCCAUCGAUCUGUUUGAAGACUCUCAUGGUAAACGUGGGGCGAAGGGGAAGAUUCGUUUUAAGCCUCCACCGCAGGCAGACUUUUGGAGAACAGGAGAGUAUACCAUUUGCCUGCCCAAUGGGCAAUCGUGUACUGUCGCGGUUGCUCUCGACAUCAAUCAUGAUGAGCCACGGAUUGCAAGUCCAGUCCGACCUAAUGUCAACUACCCGGCUGAACUGAAAAUCCCAAUCUCUUCUAUGGAAAUUGGUGUCUUGCUUGAUGACAAAACUUUCUUGCCCCAGCGCACAGUCGGCCAAGGACCUAGCGAAACUGCUUACUUGGUACUUGAUCUGAAAGCCCGAGCCCUUUAUGUCCGCUUUCAGCUUGCCAUUUCGUUUUCAAGACCAGCAGAGAAUCAACUCAACGAUCCAUACCACGAGUAUCGUCUGAAAAUAGCAUUGGUGCAAUUGGCUGAAAUCCAUCAUGCUAUUGACCCUACCUCCAAAGUAGUCUCCCACUUCACUGUACUAGAUACGCCUCCGGUUUAUCAUCGACGCAUCACCAAUAUUGAGCACACCUUCAUAGACGACAAUACAUGGAGGGAAUCUGAUAGAUGGUACCGGCAGACCUACAUUGUUCGCCGGCCGGAGGAGUUGUCAUCUCUUCCUGUCAAUUUGAGCAGGAGCAAUUCGGUGAUUGAUAUUGGGCGCUGGAAUGCCUUUUGGAUCACGUAUCCAAAAGAAGCUCAUCAGAAAGGCCAAUUCACUUUAUUGCAGAAUAUCCUCGCUGACUACAAUGUGAAAAUAAGCGCCACGGGCUCCUUCUCUCGCUGGGAUGAGAAUAGAGAGCAAAUGCCUCAGGUUUGGAAAUGGAUCGAGGCCCCGAAACAUUCCCAAUCCUCUUUGGAAGAGUUGAAUGACUAUAGCUAUGUCCACUUACCUCCCCCUGUUCGAUACCAACUCGAGGUAUGCCUAUCAAAUGGGUACCUUUCUGAAUACACCAUGACUCGUGAUUUCGUGGUCAAACUCUCGGAACUCGGCGAUGAUCGGGCUAAAAAGCUUUUGGAGCAUGUGGCAUCCAAAAAUCAAAUUUACCGUGAUCCAAUGAAGAUAUUUGAUCUCAAGUUCAUCAAGGGAGUGACUGAUCUGAAAAUCCCGCCUUACUGCUGUUAUAUGCGCUCCGCCAGAAUCACCCCUAGCACCAUCUACUACAACACCCCGACGGUUGACAUCUCGAAUCGUAUCAUAAGGCGUUAUAUAGAACACGCCGAUCACUUUCUCCGAAUUCGUUUCACAGACGAAAAGCUCCUUGGUCGAAUCAACUCCACUACCGACAACACCAUGGAUGAAGUGUUUACCAGAAUCAAAAGAGCGCUGUCAAAUGGAAUUGUCAUCGGCAACACGCAUUAUGAGUUUCUUGCAUUUGGAAACUCGCAGUUCCGGGAGCACGGGGCCUAUUUUUUUGCACCACGGCCUGAUCUCACCGCUGCUAAUAUCCGUGCAUGGAUGGGACAUUUCAACAACAUUCGAAACGUCGCCAAACACGCAGCGAGACUGGGCCAAUGCUUUUCCACAACGCGUGCCAUUGCCGGGUCCCAGGUAGACACCCGCCUAAUAAAUGAUGUUGAACGCAACAACUACAUAUUCUCAGACGGGGUUGGUAGGAUCUCUCGUUUUCUCGCUCAGAUAGUGAUGUCAGAGCUAAAGAUCCACACGCCAACCGGUGACCCUCCAUCCGCCUUUCAGUUUCGCCUUGGAGGAAGCAAGGGAAUGCUCACUGUCUCCGAGCAAGCUCAAAGCUCUGAGGUACAUAUACGGAAAAGUCAGUACAAAUUCAAGGCCAAGCACAACCUACUCGAGAUCAUUCGGUGGAGUCAAUACUCGAUCGCGACUCUGAACAGACAGUUGAUCAUGGUGCUGUCAUCACUCGGUAUACCGGAUCAUGUAUUCCAUACCAAGCUGAGAGCCAUGAUACAGAGUCUGAACGAAGCCUUGGAGAGUGACACGCGUGCCGUUUAUUGGUUGAAAAAAUAUGUGGACCCGAAUCAAAUGACGCUCAUCACCAGCCAAAUGGUCCUCGAUGGAUUCAGACGAUCGAAAGAACCGUUCAUGACCUCGAUCCUAACCCUCUGGAGGGCGUGGCAUCUCAAGUACCUUAAAGAGAAAGCCAAAAUUGCGAUUGAUAACGGGGCUUCUUUGCUUGGAGUAAUGGACGAAACUAGGAUUCUCAGCGGUUAUUUCGCUCACAAGACACCCAGAGUCGAUGCUACUCGUGAAGAGCGCUUGGCAGCUUUGCCUGAGAUAUUUCUCCAGAUCUCACGCCCCGAAAAUGGUGGGAAUUAUGAAGUCAUUGAAGGCAUAUGCAUUCUCGCUCGCAACCCAUCUCUUCAUCCCGGAGAUAUUCGUGUCGUGAAAGCAGUCAACGUUCCCGAAUUGAGCCAUCUCCAUGAUGUCGUCGUUCUGCCUCAGACCGGGGACCGAGAUGUCGCGAGCAUGUGUUCUGGAGGGGACCUGGAUGGUGACGACUACCUUGUUAUGUGGGAUCAAGACUUGAUACCUGAGGACUGGUUUUGUGCCCCUAUGAAGUAUGCAAGCAACACAGCCCGGGAUCUUGAUAAGGACGUGACAGUAGAUCAGAUCACAUCAUUCUUUGUCACUUACAUGAAGAAUGACUUUCUGCCAAGAAUUGCUCAUGCUCAUCUUGCUUGGGCAGACCGGCUUGAGGACGGUGUCAACGAGGAGAAGUGCAUUCGGCUUGCCCAACUCCAUUCGGACGCAGUGGAUUACAACAAAACAGGCAAUCCGGCCACUAUGAAACGCGAACUGGAUCCUCGCCUGUGGCCUCACUUUAUGGAAAAGAGACACAAACCAAAGGAAAGGAUCUACCAUUCCAAAAAGAUUCUCGGGCAGCUGUACGAUGCCAUUGAGCAGAUCGACUUUGUGCCCAGUCUAGGAAUGCCCUUUGACGAAAGAAUCCUCAACUGUCGGUUGGAUGUCAGCGACGACCUCUACGCGUUUGCUAAGGACCUGAAGGCUGAAUAUGAUAGCGCCAUGCGGCGGAUCAUGGCACAGCAUGAUAUCAGAACUGAAUUCGAGGUCUGGUCUACUUUCGUCCUCAGUCAUUCCAAUAUGAGCAAAGACUACAAGUUUCACGAAGAGAUUGGAGGCAUCUCGUGUUCACUCCGUGAAAUUUUCAAGCAACAAUGUUAUGACAAGGUUGGUUACGACAAGGUUCAAGGCCGAGAAUUUGAGAAAUUGGCUCCGCUCGCGGUGGCAAUGUAUCGUGUCACAAGUCAGGAAAUGAGUCUCGCUUUGCAAAAGUAUCGCGACGAGAAUCCCCAGCAUCCCGAUGAUAUUAUCACUUCGGUGCCCAAAAUGGAUCAACUGCCACUCAUCAGCUUUCCAUGGAUUCUGCCGCAUAUUCUGGGAAAGAUCGCAACAGGCCUUUACGAGCUUCCCGUCCACGCUGAUCUACUUGGCUUAUCCACGUACGACCAAGUCAUGGGCGCAUCAACCGAAGUCCAUCCCAAGCAGGAAUGUGCCAAUACCGACCUCCAGUCUUUAGAGGAGCUGCUCGACUUCGGCUUUUCUGACGAACCGCGCAAAUCAUCGUCGUCGCCGUCAUCAGACCUGCUAUGUCAUUCUAAUGAUCCUAUCAAGGACGAGAUCAGCUUGUUAGACUUUGACAAUAACUCGGGAAGCACCAGCGCCAUUGAAAAGAAAGAGGACGAGGCGAUGAUCGAUUUGCUGGCAUCAAUAACAUGCGGCACCAGCCUAACGGCCCUCCAGACUGUUGAGACUCUUAUUCCUCAAACCGUGGUCGAGACUCCAAUCGACAAGGAGGCAAUACUGGCCAUGGAGACACCGAAAGUGACAAUCAUGGAAGGUCCAAGUGGCCGCAUCGAACUCGUAGAGGAGGAUGACAUUGUGGAGGUUGGUGCGCUCGACAAGCUCGACAGGUUCAUUGAGAUGCUGGGUGUCUGA